AUGGUUGCUCUCUCACAUUUCUUGGCUUUGCUACUCUCUACAUCCAUCUUCCUCUUCUUCCUCCAAAAAUGGCGCCGCAGCAACUCCCCGAAUCCCCGGGGAAGGCUUCCACCUUCUCCCCCAAAGCUCCCGCUCCUCGGAAACCUCCACCAGCUGGGCCCACUCCCCCACAGAUCCCUCCAGUCACUUUCCCGCCACUACGGCCCCCUCAUGCUUCUCCACUUCGGCAAGGUUCCCGUUCUCAUCGCCUCCUCGGCCGAGGCGGCACGUGAGAUUAUGAAAAACCAGGACCUGAUCUUCUCAAACAGGCCCCAACUCAGCAUCCCCGGCCGGCUGUUCUACAACAACCGGGACGUGGCGUUUGCGCCGUAUGGAGAGUACUGGCGGCAGAACCGCAGCAUAUGCGUGCUUCAUCUGCUGAGCAACAAAAGGGUUCAGUCCUAUUGCGGGGUAAGGGAGGAAGAGACGUCUCUCAUGGUCGACAAGAUCAGAAAGUUGGGUGCUUCUUCAAAGCCGGUGAACUUGAGCGACAUCAUUCAGUGUAUGACGAACGACGUGAUUUGUAGGGUGGCGCUGGGGAAGAAGUAUGGUUUAGAGAGUGAUUUCAAGAAGAUGUUUGUUGACUUUGUGGUGCUGCUGGGGGUUGUACCUUUGUGGGAGUACAUUCCUUGCCUGAGAUGGAUGAGAAGGUUUGAUGGUUUGGAUAAGAGAGUAGAGAGAGCUGCUAAGGGGAUGGAUGAGUUUUUGGAGGUUGUGAUUCAAGAGCACAGGGUAAAGGAGAGGAGAGAAAGUGAUGGUUGUGAAUUGGAUUUUGUAGAUAUAUUGCUAGAUUUGCAGAGAGAGAAUGGGAGUCGCUCACCUAUUGAAGAUGACACUAUCAAAGCUAUCGUCUUGGAUAUGUUUAAUGCAGGAACUGAUACUAUCUCUACAGCUCUUGAGUGGGCGAUGACGGAGCUGAUACGAAAUCCAGAAACCAUGAAAACUUUGCAAAAUGAAGUGAGAGAAGUAGCUAGAAAUAAGGAUGAAAUUCAUGAGCGAGACUUGGAGAAAAUGCCUUAUCUGAAAGCAGUGAUGAAGGAGAGUCUAAGGUUGCAUUCGCCCGGCCCAUUGUUGGUCCCUCGUGAAUUAACUCAAGACACAAGAGUAUUGGGUUAUGACGUUGCAUCUGGUACGCGUGUGAUGAUUAAUGUUUGGGCGAUUUCUAGAGACCUGUCAUUGUGGAAAAAUCCUGAGGAAUUUCGUCCAGAGAGAUUCCUUGAAAUGAGCAUAGACUUUAGAGGUCUACAUUUUGAGUUGACACCGUUUGGAGCAGGCAGGAGGGGCUGCCCUGGUAUUACAUUCUCGGUGGCGGUGGAUGAGCUUGCAUUAGCCAAGUUGGUACAUAAGUUCGAUUUUAGAUUACAUAAUGAAGAGAAAAUGAAGGAGUUAGAUGUGAGUGAAUCUAGUGGAAUCACAGUCCAUAAAAAGUCUCCUUUAAUUGUUAUAGCUACUCCACAUGUUUGUUAG